AGUUCCUUAUCUCUUGCCAUUCAUUUACAAAUCUAUUUUUUAAAUUGUUAUGAAUAUCUGUAUAUGGGACGGCAGCGCAACUUUUGUUAGUUUGACAGUUUUGUAUGUUGUAAUUUGAUAUGGUUUUUGCUAAGAAAUCAGCAUUUUCAUUGCCUCUCACUCCUGUGUGUCCAGGAACCCAAACCAAAAUUAUACAAAUUCCAUUUAAAUAAAGCUGAUGAAUUUUAUUCCUAAUUUCAUAUAAUAUAUAAUUACUUUUAGCAUAAAGCCUGCAACUGACUAGAGCCUUAAGAACACUCAUACUAUCGCUUGCAAUCGUCCAAUAUGAAGUGUAGUCUUUAUGAUUUCCAAUGUAUUGUAAUGCUGACAGAAUUGCAAGUGCUUCAGCUGAAAAAAUGCUUGUACUGUGAUCAAUUUGCUCACCAGAGCCUAUCUUUGACUUGCUAUCAUAAAUUGCUAUUGAAGUAUUGUUAUCAUUCUUUGAUGCAUCUGUAUAUAUAAUUCUGUGAUUUGGCCAAUUUGAAAUCUUAUCAUAGAAUGUCUCUCUUGAAGUAACAGAACUAUCUAUUUCUAUAUUAAUAUUAAAAAAUUUGGAAUCAUAAGUUCCAUCAAAGCAUGGCCAGUUAGUUUCUGUUCUGUGAAUAUUAAAGGUUUCGAGGAACUGUAAAUACUCAGAUAAACCAUGGAGCAAGAAUGAGGAAUUUGUGUUCAAUAUUAUUGAUUCGGCCCUUUUAAGAUUCUUUAACAAAUUAUUGGAUUUUAAUGAGUAUAUUUUUAACAAAAAUUUAUUUUUUAAAUAAUUAAAUCUAGCACAUAGAGGAGGAAUAUUGCAUUCUAUUUGCAAAAUAUUAAUUGGAGUUGUUUUGAAGGCUCCUGUAAUAAGGCGUAAACUUGAGUUUUGAAUGACUUCAAGCUUUUUUAAUAAGUUUUUAUUGAAAGCAUAACAUAAAUAACCAUAUUCAAAGUGACUACGGAUUAAUGACUUAUAAAGUAAAAGUAAAAUUUUAGGAUCAGCUCCCCAAUAUGUUUUGGUCAGUGAUUUCAAAAUGUUCAAAGCUCUAGAAGCCUUGACUACUAUGCAAUCAACAUAUUUGUUCCAUGACAUAUUACUAGUUAGUAAUAUACCCAGGAACUUCACUUCCAAUGCUGCCAUUAUGCAAGUAUUAUUGUAAUAAAUGUGUGCUAAAGGGAGGGUUCUUUUUCCAAAAGUAACUACUUUGGAUUUUUCUGAAUUGAUAUUUAUAUCUAAGUAGUUAAAAUAUUUUUGCAAUUUGAGUAAACUCAGAUUGAUUCUGUUUGUUAUUUGGUCUAUGGAAUUUCCAGUUGAAUAAAUUACUAAGUCGUCUGCAAACUGUAGAUUGUUGAUGUAAGGAUCUAAAUUUACAUUUAUUCUAUGUAUGUAAAGUAUAAAUAACAAAGGACUCAAUAUUCCUCCUUGACAUACGCCUUUAGAAGAAUAUUGAGGACCAUACAAACUGUUAUUCCAUUUAACAAAUACUUUCCUCUCAUACAAGAAGCUAAAUAUCCAAUUAAUCAAUUUUUUAGGUAAUCCAAUGCUGGAAAGUUCAUUACACAGUAUUUCCAAAUUUACAUUAUUAAAUGCUCCCUCUAUAUCAAGAAAUACAGAGACCAUAAGUUUUUUUUGGGCUAUUGAUUUCUGAAUAUCAAGUUGUAAUAAGCUGAUACUUUCUUGAGCAGAUUUUCCUUUUCUAAAACCAAAUUGGUUUUCAGGCAAGAUAGAGUUUGUUUCGAUGUAGUAUUCAAGACGUUGUUUUAAAAGCUGUUCAAAUAUUUUACCAACACAAGACGUUAAAGUUAUUGGACGGUAAGAGUCUUCGUGAAAUUCUUUUUUGUGAGGUUUUAAUAUUGGUAUCAAACAGUCAACUUUCCAAUCUUCAGGAAUGAGAUUGUUUGUCCAUAAGUUAUUAAAAAUGUGACACAAGAUUCUCAAUACAUUAUCAUCCAAUUUUUUUAAUAAAAUAUAUGGAAUACCAUCUAAACCAAAUGCUGUGUCUCUUCUGUAAUGUAUUGCUGUUUUUAACUCUGUAACUGUGAAUGGGUUUAAGAGAAAGCUGUUGGUAGGAUUAAUAGAAUUGUCAACAAAGUUUAAUCUAUUUAUAUUUACAUAGUCAGGAGUAUAUUUAUUUAAAAAAUUUAAAACCCACUCUCUGUCAUUGUUGUUAAAUUUUUUUUUAUAAGAAUAUGUUUUAUUAAAUUUUUUCAUAAAUGUCCAAAUUGUUGUUAAAGGAGUGGUGCGAUUAAAAGAUUGACAUAACUCAUGCCAACUAGCUUCUCUUUCCCUCUUUAAAGUUAGUUUUUUUAAAGCUUGUAAUUUUUUAAAACUUAAGUAAUUUUCUUGUGUUGGAUCAUGUUUAAAUUGUAUGUAUGCCUGCUUACAGUUUUGAACAGCGUUGGUACAUUUGUUAUUCCACCAUGGAAGACACAACUUUUUUUUAAAAUUAUUUGGGUAUUUUUUAUGUAUUUUUUUUUUUGGGGUAGAUUUUUGCACAACUUUAUGAAUUAAGUUAAUAAAUUUCAUAUAUGUAUCCAAUGGCGAAUUUUCCUCCAAAAUAAAACCUGAAAUCAUGUCUUGCAUUUCUUUAUUAAAGAUAUCCCAAUUUAUAGUUUUAUAGUUGGGGAAUUUUGGUAAAUUGUGACCUCCUCUUAUAUCUUCAAUAUCAUUCUGUCGUACUAGUACAUUUAAAAUUACAGGCAAAUGAUAUGAUCCAAGAGGGUCAUCAUGAACAGACCAAUUACAAUUCAAAGCAAGAGAUGGAGAAACAAGAGAUAUAUCUAAAACAUUAGGGCGCCAAGAUAGCGAGCCAAUAGUUGUCAGCUCCCCGUUAUUUAAUAAGACUAAAUUGUUAUCAUCAAUGACCUCAAGAAGAUUUCUACCUCUACUGUUAAUAUCAUAACUUCCCCAAACUGUGUGAUUAGCAUUAAAAUCGCCACCAAGUAUGAGAGGCUUUGGAAUAUUUUUAAUUAAUGAAUCUAAAAUACUUCUGUUAAAAUUAGCACUAGGUGGGCUAUAAAAACUAAUAAUACUUAUUUCUUUAUCAUAAAUCUUAAUUCCUAUGCAUAUAUUUUGAUGAUCAUUGUCACAAUAAGUGUUUAUAUUUGUGUAUGAUAUACUUUUGUGUAUAAUGAUUGCGACACCAUUAUGUUUGCUGCCUAUAUCUUUUCUUUCAAUAUUGUAGCCCCUGAUAUUCAAUUUUUUUUCUGGCUUAAGCCAUGUUUCACAUAUUAAGGCAAUGUGAAUGUCAUGUUCAUAUAAAAAUUGUGUUAAAAUAUGUUGAUUACAUAGCAAACUCUGAGCAUUCCACUGAACUAUGUUAAUAUAAUCCAUUAUUUUUUGGAAGAUGGUUUUUUACUGAAUGUUUCAAGGAGAAUGUUUUUUAUAUUAUUUGUACUAAUUGGAUUAUUAUCUGUUUUUGUUGCUAUGAUUUUAAUGAUUGAUUCUACUAAUAAAUUUAAAAAGGUGUCAGACUUGAAAGCAUUUUGUAAUUGCUUAUUUGGAUCAUUAUGUAAGGGUGGAAAUGACUUUUCAUUGAGUAAAUCUGAGUACUUAACAGCUCUCGCCUUUAUUUUAUUUUCGUUAAUUUUAUUCUUUUUAAUGGGACACUCUGCGGAGACUGCUAUGUGGUUGCCUCCACAAUUGCUACAUUUAGCAUUGGUUUUAUCGAUAGUACAGUCCUUGAAAUUGUGAUUUUCUGUGCAAAUACUGCAUUUUACUGCAUUUUUACAAUACUUUGCAAUAUGGUCAAAUCUUAGACAUUUAAGGCAUUGCUUAACAGGAGGUAUAUAAGGACUUACCUCGUGCCUCCAAGAAUCCAAAUGAACGUAAUCUGGUAGCUGGGUGGCCGCAAAAGUGAUUGCUACCGUCCCUGUAGGCUGAAAUGUAUAUUGUUCUGAUGACUUAACUCUUGACAUUAAUCUUCUUACUUGAAUUAUGUUGCAUGUACUAGCUAGUAAAUUAAAUAUUUCCUUAUUAGAAAGUGUAAGAGGAACUCCCCUUAGUACACCUGUGACCUCGGUAGCAGAUGCCGGGAUACUAGGAUUUAAGUUCAGAUGUUUGUGGAAUUUUUCAUUUUGUAUAAAUACAUUGGCAUUAUUUGCAAUAUCAAAUACUAUACCUACUUUAAAUUUAUUUAUUGUUUUUAGAUAUUUCACACCGUUAACACAAUACUGUCUGAUUCCAGACGAAAUAUUUAGUUUUUCUUUUUCUCCUAUGGGGUUUUCGGAAUUAUUGCUGGUUAAAAAUACAAUAUAUUCAUUGUUGCGUGUAUUUUCGAAGUAUUUACGUAUAUAAUUGCUGGAUUUGAAGGGAGUAAAUUUUUCCUGCUCCAUUUCACAGUCACUUGAACCGCCACUUGGAGAAGGCGAAGCCUCUUUUUUUCUCUUAAACCUGGAGCCCCCCAUGAUAAGGGGCUCCCGAAACUUAAAAUUUGGUCUAAUAAAUACUUUAAAACAAUUUAUCAGAAAAUUAUUUAAAAAGAUGCGCCCACUUAGUUCAAACGUUCCCGCGCUUUUUUUUCUUAUUCCAAAACAAAAAUAUUAAAACAUAAAAUGAGAAUGACAUGACAUGACCGUGACAAUGACAAUUAACGAUAACACGGGCCAAAAAGACGUACAUCACAGACUACUAAUCAGUAGUCUUUCAAGAGUAAAUAUGUUCCUUGCUUUCAACCAUUAAAUCAAUGAAAUAUUAAAUUAUUUCAUGGUUUUAAUGAUUAAUUUCCAGUAAGUAAUCAAGACAUUGCAAGCAAGUGGAACGGGAAACACUGCGGUUAUAUUCUUUGAUUGUCAGUGUCAUAUUAGAUAGGCCAAAAGAUUAAAACUUAGAGCCACAUAGUCAGUUUAAAAAAACAAAUGUCAAUUUCAUUUUCAUUCAAAAAUAACGAUUAUUUACCGGUUUCGAUUUUCGCCGUUGUUCAUUUCAUUGUGAUUUGUGUAAAAUUGUAGUGAUAAAUUAUCAAUAUGUCUCAACAAGUUAAAAACUCAAUCACUCUCCGAGGUUCGGCGCAAAUAGUGUGUGAAUAUUUGAAAUUUGCAAUAAACUCGGUGUUGUUCCAAAGAGGCCUCUAUCCACCAGAGACCUUCAAAGCAGAGCAGCAGUAUGGAAUCACAUUACUAUUGUCAGAAGAUGCUCAAAUUAAAAACUUUCUCACAAAUCUCUUAACUCAGAGUGAAGAAUGGAUAGUAAACAAAAAAGUAAGCAAACUUUCCCUCAUAAUAGUCAAUGUGGCAAACAAGGAAGUAUUGGAGUGCUGGGAUUUCAACGUCCAAUAUGAAGAUGGUGAUGCAGAGUUAUCUAAAGAGAUGAAGGAGACUGUUGGUUCCAAAGACUUGAAGAAGAUCCAGCAAGAAAUAAGAGAUGUUAUGUUACAGGUAGCAGCAACAAUAUCAUACUUACCGUUCCUCGAUUGCCGAUGCUCAUUCGACGUGUUGGUGCACGCUAAAACUAAUUGUGAUAUCCCGGAGAAGUGGGCGGAGGCAGAACCGGUGGCCAUUGCCAACGCACAGAAUGUACAGUUGAAGACUUUCUCCACCAGCCUACACAAGAUGGAGACGGUUGUUAGUUAUAAGCUUGUGGAUUAGGUAAAUUCAAUGAAGCACAGUUUAUACAAGUCUCAUUGGCAGAUGACGUCAAUCUACCAUCAUCAUCAUGUCUUCUUUUCCUUAUCCCACUUAUGUGGGAACCAUUUCCAUUUGUAAAUAUGUGCAAAGAAAUGAUAAAAAGGUAAUCUGUCAGUCUUAACCAAUAAUAUAGAGAGGAAAGAUUUUUCGUUUGUUUCGAAUAAUCUCCGAAACUACUGGACUUGGCAAGUUUGUUGAUGACACUCCUAUGACAUUCCUCGGGUGUGAAAUAGUACGCGCGGGGCAUCGCUACCCCCCUCUCGGCCUGCGCGGACCAUCGGGAGUGUCAUCGAACGUAUUUGCCAGGCUAUACUAAAAUGUUUUUGGUUGAAUUUUUAUUCCGCGGAACGAAGAAGUCGCUCGCGUCAUCUAGUAUUUAAUAGGGUAGUUGACUCAUAUUAAAUUAAUUAAUAUUAUCACCCACUGCAGGACAUAGGCCUUUUGUAGGGACUUCCAAUUAUUAUAAUUCUAUAUCAAUUAAUAAACGUUAAGUCUUUUAAAACUCAAUUUAAAUGUCACGUAUUUUUUCAAAAUCUCCACACGCCAAAAACGCUGUCGUCCAUUUUGUGACGUCACAAAUACCCUUGAUGUACUAAACGUCGAACUAAUUGUUAGCUAAUAUUUUUGUCAAACACUCCGUUCGUAUGGGAUUUAUUGUAGUGACGUCAUAAAACAGUUGAAAUAUAGACUGUCAUGGCCGACAUUCGUUUUGUCUCGUAUUGUCAAAAACAUAUUUAAAAACUAAUAUUUUCAUGUAAUCAUGUCUUGAAAAAAAUAUGAAACAAUUUUUUUUAGUCUAGCAGAACGUUAUUGAACUAUUUAAGACUAUUUAAAAAACGUGUCAACUAGCCUAUAUAAGUAGGCUCUUGCUCAGCCUAUUUUAGAUCAUGAUUACCUGGUAUAGGAUGGAAGUUAGGCUGUUAUAUUCAGUAACUUUCUUAAAAACAAUAAUUUGAAUGACGUCAUCGGUCAGAUUGUUAAGAGAAUGUGUUUCAUUGUUAGUUAUGUAUAAGUAGAAUGUUUUAGAUGUAUGGUUUUACUUUUAGUGCAGCAUUAGAUUAGUGAACUGUUCUAGAUUUAUUUGAUGCCAGUAAUUUGUUCCAAAUUAUCAUCUAAAAGUUUUUUUGAUCAUCGGUAAAAGUAGUUAUUUCUGGAUAAAGGGCAUGUACUUUAUUUUAUGUAUAUCUGAAAUUGGGAGCAAAGUAAUCGAGCCGCCUGAGCCACAUUGAAUUAACAGGGGGCCUAAUGGCAGUUUGAUACUGUAACUGUCACGUAACGUAAACGCGAUUUCCUAAGGAAUUGAAACAGCGCCAUCUAGUGGCACUACUGCACAACAGUUUCAAUUCCAUAUAAAUUUGUGUUUACGUCAACGUGAUAGUAACAGUAUGAAGAUAUUGAAAACUCCCACUAGGCACACAGAUACUUUUAACGACUAUUUUAACGUUUCCUGUUAAUAGUCAAAUGCUUGGUAGGAUGACAUUUUGAUUCUUGUAAUACCUCGAAAUCUUGCGAUUAUUUUUAUCUUACCCUUAAUUUUUAAUUUAAAUUAUCCAUUUAUUUUAUUAUUAUUAAAAUCACUGUAUCUUCUAGUGGCAGUUUUCAAUGUUUUCAUACUGUGACGAUCGCACAAAUGUAAACGCGAAUUUAUAUGGAAUUAAAACAGUUGUGCAGUAGUACCACUAGAUGGUGCUGUUUCAAUUCCUUAGAUUUUCGCGUUUACGUUUACGCGAUCGUCACAGUAUCAAACUGACACUAGGCACUCUGGACUGAAGUGGACCUACAAUACUUGUUGUAGUGUUGUAUGGCUACUCCCAUUAUAUUGUAAGUUUCCCAUACAAAUUAUGUAUAAUUGUAGUUAAUAUGUGUAUAUAGAACUGUGAUAGUAUUUUAAGUUAAAUAAUAAGCCUUUUCUAACAAUUAUAACUCGUGUGAUUAGUCACUGUCAUAACUGUAUAAUGACUAGAUGAACGUAGCUGAAUCUAGUAGUAGGGGGGAGCUCUAGAGGUGAUUUUGGGAUUUACUCAAGUGUAGCAGAUGAACAUAGGGUGGAUUAGGGUAAAGUGGGUAGUUACAAGCUUUGACUAUUUUGUUGGUAAUGCUGUGUAUCUCAACACAGAAGUCUUGGGUUUUCCAAUCCACAGAUUCCCACAACGCUUGAGUAAAGUCCCAUUUAGCAUCAUGGGCUCCCCUUCCCCUCGGCUUCGUGGUCGGUUUAUAUUUAUACGAUGGACUGCAAGCCUUACAACAGCACUUUUGCAGCAUUUGUUUAAAUGUUUCUUGAGUAUUUUUUGUUUAAUAUAAUUUGUAGUUGGUAUGUGCAUGACAUGGGGUACCGAAGUUUUACCAAUAUUCUUAACAGAGUAAGGCCGGCCAUAGACGAACAGCUUGAAGCAAUCAGAAUUCACUGCUUCAAGCUGCGACUGCAUACAGUGUGCCUAGUGGGAGUUUUCAAUGUUUUCAUACUGUUACUAUUGCGUUAACGUAAUACGCGAAAAUACAAUAGCAAUUUCGUUCACUUAUUUCAGCUAUUUUAACAAGAAAUUAGUGAACCGCUUUUCGUAAAAAUUAAAUGGGACCAAUCUGGAAGUAACUAUACUCUUUUAAACAAACAAGUAAUUUUCAAAAUUGGUUAAUAAAUGACGAAAGGUAACAGAAAAAAAUCAUAGUCGAAUUGAGAACUUUUUCCUAUUUUAUCCAAGUCGGUUAAAAAUAUAAAUUGCCAACUGCUCGAGCAUUUAAUGGCAGCUUCAUGCUGUUGACUCUUGAAAGCAAGAGCGGUCUCUGUAUGUAGAUCACUAGCUAACUGGUCGUGUAUGGCCGGCUUUAAAUUUAAACUAAACUUGCGUUUUUGAGUAACAUUUGGGGUGUUUUGAUUAUGUAGUUCACAUUGAAUUUUUAAAAAGUUGAAUUAAAUAUACAAGAUUUGAGUAA